AUACAGUGCCGAAUAUUUAUAUUUGAAAAUCAACAAUAAUAUUUAAUUAAUUUUAUUUAAGAUGAAGUAUAUAUCUGUUACUUUAAUACUUUCUUUAGUUUUUGCUGUGUAUAUUAUAAACACAAUAUGGACGCUUGCUGAUAUUUUUAUACCACCAAAAUGCAUUCGUGGCGAAAGAUGUUUUUCUUCAUAUUUGGUAUCAAAUCCCGUCUUGCACUUAGUUCUUUAUACUUCUGUGAAACAAAAUCCGUCUUUAGGUGGAUCUUCAGCGGAUGGUGUCACCAAAGUGCAUACUUCUAUGAAAUUUGAUUACCGAAAUUCUGCAACUAUUAACGUAAUUUUGAAAGUACCUCGUAAAACUCGUAAUAAUGGAACUUUAUUCAUGCAUGCAGUAUUGUUGGAUGAUAGUCGUCUCUAUAAGGAUUUCGAUGAAAUUCGUCAUACAGAAUCAGUGCACACGCUUCCUCUUGUAACAUAUACCGAACCUCAGGCAGCUACUUUUAACCUGCUACAAAAUAAUAAUGAUGUAAAAAAACCUAAAGAUGGUAAUUAUCAUCCAUUUGCACAUAUAGCAACAAUAGUGCCACUCUCCAUUUUAACAGACAAUUUGAAACUUCCCGGCAAUAAAUUACCAGGAGAGUUGGUUCCUUUCAUGAGAGUUAAAAAUGGUAAAUUUUUGCCAAUAAUUCAGCAUAAUGUUCUCAAAGCUCGGAUGUCAACAUUGCAGCUGUUAAAUAGUAGUACAUCAGAGGUUAAUGUAACUGUAAAUGUUGCACCAACAACAUAUGGCUCGUUUGGUUUGGCACUACAUGUGCGACUAGCUUUGGAACAGCUGCGACAACUUGGGUUCAGUGAGAAAGAUAUAGAUGAUGUCAAAGGCAUAUUUGCAGAUACAAACCUGUAUCUUCUGUCGGCUACUGUCUUGAUAGCCAGUUGUCAUUUAUUGUUUGACUUCUUGGCUUUCAAGAAUGACGUAUCGUUCUGGCGAAGAAAGCGGUCGCUCGCGGGUUUGUCUGCUCGAACAGUGGUGUGGCGCGCGUUCUCUCAGUUCAUCAUCUUCUUUUAUCUGCUAGAUGAGCAGACUUCGUUACUAGUACUCGUACCGGCUGGUAUUAGUGCUGUUAUUGAGGUGUGGAAGGUGACGAGGAUAUUCCACGUGCGAGUAUCGUUUGCGGGAUGGCGCGUGCGCGUGUGGCGAGACGUUGCGGACGCAGCUGAACGCAGCACAGCGCAGGCUGACGCGGAAGCCAUGCGCUACCUGUCUAUGCUUCUCUACCCACUCUGCAUCGCCGGUGCAAUAUACUCACUAGUCUAUGAGCCACAUAAGAGUUGGUACUCAUGGGCCCUACACAGCAUCGUGAACGGCGUAUACGCAUUUGGAUUUCUGUUUAUGCUGCCUCAACUUUUUGUGAACUACCGUCUACGUUCAGUGGCUGCGUUGCCGUGGAGGGCGUUUAUGUACAAGGCAUUCAAUACAUUCAUUGAUGAUGUGUUUGCUUUUAUCAUAACUAUGCCCAUCGCUCAUAGAGUCGCAUGCUUCAGAGAUGACUUGGUCUUUCUCGUUUAUUUGUACCAAAGAUGGUUAUAUCCAGUAGACAAGUCGCGAACAGACACCGCGUCCAGUAUGGACGAAAAUCCAGAGGAAUUGGAACCGCUGAAAGAGAAAGCAGAAUAAAGUUAAACGGAUUUUUUCUGUUUCUAUUUUCAUACUGUUAAACAUUCAUCCCCUUACUUAUGGAGAUAAAAACAGUAUACGGUAU